AUGCCUCCUCAAUCCGCUCUCAUCGUCGGCGCUUCCAGGGGCCUCGGGCUCGCCCUAGUCAAGCACUACGCAUCCACCAUCCCUCCCUCCAACGUCUAUGCCACUGUCAGAGGACAUGUCUCUUCUGAUACGUUCCCCAAAGGCGUCAAUGUCAUACAAGACGUCGACCUCUCAAAGGAGGAUUGCGGUAGGAAGAUUGUGAAUGGGCUGCAGGGAGCGGCUGUACAGAUCGUCGUAUAUGUGGCGGGUGUUUUGAAGCCAGAGUCUCUCGAAAAACUUGACUGGGAGGGACAAGUUCUCAUGUACAAGGUCUGCUCCAUCGCACCCGUAUUCGUCAUCAAAGAGCUUCUAUUCGCCUCCUCACUCUCUCCCGACGCCAAGGUUGCCCUCUUAACCUCCGAGGGCGGCUCCAUCGCCUUGCGCACCGAGGCCGAAGGCGGAGGCAUGUUUGGUCACCACGGUUCCAAAGCUGCCGGGAAUAUGGUGGGCCAUUUGCUUAGUUACGACUUGAAGCAGAGAGGGAUCCCCAUCGUUAUGAUUCACCCUGGGUUCUUGAAGACUGAGAUGACCAAGAACGCUGGCUUUGAGCAGUUUUACGACCAAUUCGGCGCCAUCACCCCAGACGAAGCUGCCAAACCUUUUGCCGAUUUUGUCAAUCAACUCGAGCCAAGUCAGAGUGGAAAGCACUGGGCGCCUUUGGGUGGGAAAGGUAUCGGUAAUGCGGAAGAAGUUCUUGGGAAAGAAGCCGCAGACAAGUCGGGUCCACUCGAGAUUCCGUGGUAA